CAACAUUGACGCGGAGUGGUUGUGUGUGCAGUGAAUACGUUCACACAACCCCAUUUAAAAUAAAACGUUCCUUUGGAACAUAAAAAAUACAAAAAAAGUUUAAAAGUAAAAAACCAACAAAUAAAAAAAGUAAAGAAACUACUGUGCUUGCUGCAGACGAGGAAACUACGGGAUUUUCAGCUUAUAUACGUGUAAACAACAAAACCAAUAAUCCAAAAUGAAUGCUGCUGGCGGUGCCAACUACCCAAUGGGAUCACUGUACGUUGGAGACUUGCAUCCAGACGUGACGGAAGCCAUGCUGUUUGAGAAGUUCUCCUCAGCGGGACCUAUCCUCUCAAUCCGUGUUUGUCGUGAUAUGAUCACUCGUCGUUCUCUCGGAUACGCAUACGUUAACUUCCAACAACCAGCCGAUGCCGAGCGAGCUCUUGAUACAAUGAACUACGACACAUUAAAGGGAAAGCCCAUACGUAUCAUGUGGUCGCAGCGUGACCCGUCAUUGCGACGAUCCGGUGUAGGCAACGUCUUCAUCAAGAAUUUGGACAAGUCUAUUGACAACAAGGCCAUGUACGAUACCUUCUCUGCCUUCGGUAACAUCUUGUCUUGCAAGGUUGCUUUGGGAGAAGACGGCUCCAAGGGAUACGGUUUUGUGCAUUUUGAAACUGAAGAAGCAGCACAGAAAGCCAUAGCCAAGGUGUCUGGUAUGCUGCUUAACGGCAAGAAAGUGUACGUCGGGCGCUUUGUCCCACGCAAAGAGCGCCUAGCUCACUUGGGCGACCAGCGCAAGAAGUUCACCAACGUAUACCUCAAGAACUUUGGAGAGGAUGUCGAUGAUGAAAAGCUGAGGGUUAUGUGCGAGGUGCACGGCACAGUGGCUUCCGUCAAGGUCAUGUUUGACGACAAAUCUGGCCGUGGGAAGGGCUUUGGCUUUGUUAGCUUCGAGGACCACUCAGCUGCUCAGAAGUGCGUUGAAGAGAUGAAUGCUCAACCUGUCAACGGCCGUACAGUGUUUGCCGGACGUGCCCAGAAGAAGAACGAGCGUCAAGCAGAACUCAAGGCCCGCUUCGAGGCUCUGAAGCAGGAGCGGAGCAAUCGCUAUCAAGGUGUCAACUUGUACAUCAAGAAUCUUGACGAUGAAUUUGAUGAUGAGAAGCUUCGUAAGGAGUUCACCAAGUUCGGAACCAUCACAAGUGCCAAGGUGAUGUUGGAUGAGACGGGUACAAGCAAAGGAUUUGGAUUUGUCUGUUUCUCCUCGCCGGAGGAAGCCACCAAGGCAGUGACUGAGAUGAAUGGCCGUAUCAUCGUUGCCAAGCCACUGUACGUCGCUCUGGCUCAACGCAAGGAAGAGCGUAAAGCCCAGCUGUCCAAUCAGAUCAUGCAGCGUGUUUCCACUGUCCGCAUGACGCCCGCCCAACAAGUCGGCCAAGUUUAUCCAAACUACGGCAACUUCUACGCCCCUACAAUCACCCCCACUCAACGUGGCAUUUACCCAGCCGGUCAAGUAGCCCAUGUACGCAACCCACGUUGGCCGCAGCCCCAGGCCCGUCCAGGUGGCCAGCCAUUCCAAGCCAUGCCUGCUGCAGGAAGGCACCAGUUUGCCGGCAACCCUCGUGCGGCUGCAACGGGUGCCACACCUGUAAGACCAGUGCACCCUAGAGUGCCACUCCAACCUGCUCCGUCUGCCCAGCGUGUCGCAACAGGUAUUGCAGCCCAGACUCAACAGCCAAUGCGUGUAGGUGGUGCCAAUAUACCAGUACCAAGCAUCCAGCCCAGAGCAAUGAAGUUUCUGCCCACCAAUGCUCGCAGUGCCCAGCUGGUGCCCUCCAUGGCCAAUGCUGCCCAAGCGGCUGUGCCCCAACAGGCCAUUGAGGUAUCCGGCCAGGAGCCCCUGACUCCUAGUAUGUUGGCGUCCGCCACUCCGCAGCAGCAGAAACAGAUGUUGGGCGAGCGCCUCUUCCCGCUGAUCCAACGCACCCACGGGGAUCUGGCAGGCAAAAUCACCGGCAUGUUGUUGGAGAUUGAUAACUCGGAGUUGCUUCACAUGCUAGAGUCUUAUGAACUCCUUAGCGCUAAGGUUGAGGAAGCUGUGAAUGUGUUAAAGGCUCACCAGGCCAAGGAGAAUCCAACCAAGCCAGCCAGCUUGACCCAGCAGUAGUAACAGCAAGAAGCGCACCACAGCAAGCAUGUACAACCCUUCAUUCAUUGGCUUUCUGCCUACACUUGCGUUCUCAAGAAUAGUCGCUGUAAAUACUAGCUUGGAUCAGACACAAGAUGGCAUUCUCAAUCAUCCCAGCAUGGAUGCUAUCAUCCUUGAUUGGGAUGAUUGAAUAUCCAAUGGUGGAGUCUAACCAAUCCAAAAUAAAUCAGAAUCUAUAAGCUUCCGACACAGGCGGAGUGUAAAACACCCAAUCAAGUUGUCAUCAGUCAGUGACAUUUAGACAUAUUCACACCGAUUGUCACCAUUUGUACAGGCAUUUUUCAAGUUUCUACAGAUUGUCUGGUAUUGAAUACUUUGCAGUGGAUUUGGAGAUUUCUGCAUUGUGCAUGGAAUUUUACCUGUUUCAGAAAUGUUUUUUGAAAUGGGAGUAGCAACUUGAAAAAUGACGGUCACUAAAGCAUUUGAAAUGAUCCAGAUUGCAAGUUGUUCAAAUUCGUCAGUGAUUAUUUGUAGAAACAUACUGUAAAGUGUUUACUUCCUUUAUUCAUCGAUCGAUCGAUUAAUCAAGCGUCAAUCAAUCAAUCUUCGGUACUAAGACAGGGAUGAUAUGGUUGGCCCAAGUUCAAGUGAAUAUGCCCAGUCUUAGCAUUAUGUCUUGUGAAAGUGCUAAAAGGAAAGUCAAAGAAUGGAAAGGUUUCAUGUUGGGGGGAAACAUUUCGUCGGUAAACAUUAAGUAGAUUUAGCAGAAGAACACUAAAAAAAAAAUCAAAAAGAACAAAAAAAUAGUAAAAUUGUGUGAAAAGGAAGUUGAGAAAAAAAAAUUUUUGCAAAAAAUUCUUCAACAAGCCAAGCUGCUUGGAAAGACAAACAAAAAAAUCGAAAGAAAUGUAAAACCAACAAAAAAAAAGAAAAAAAAACCACAUUAAAAAAAAGCAAAAUUCAAAAUAAGGUGUUAUCAAUAGAGGGCAGUGUAUCGAGAAAGAGACGACAAACGACGAAUCCUUCAAGAUUUCAGUGAGAGCAAAAAAAUACAAAAAAUAAAACAGUACAAACAAAGAAGAGAUAAUCAACUAAUUAAGCUGCACCAGUUGUAAUGGUGUCUAAAAAAGAAAAAAAAUA